CACGCGAGGGGCGGGAGCGGCCGGGCCGGCCGGCCGGGGAUGGAGAGGGGGGGCCCACUUCCUGGGGCAGGCGGUGAGGAUGUCGCGUCCGCCCCCCGGUACCCCUCAGCCCCGGAGACGCUGCGGCGGCCGAGCCUGGAGCCCCCCCGCCUGAGGCGUCCGCAGCCUGAAUCCGGCCCCUCUCCUCCCCUCCCAGGUGCGGGCCGGACAGGCGGCCGUGGCAGGCGGCACCAUUCACUUUGCCUGAAAGCCGCUGCUGUUGGUUCCUGAGAUGAUCUCAUCCGAAUGCUGCUGCAAGGACUUCAGCCGCUGGAACUGGAGGCAGCUUGCUUUCUGCCCUGGCAAUGUUUUGAAACAGGCAAAAAUCAGAUUUUAUCAUGUGGGCAACCUGCUGCAACUGGUUCUGCCUGGACGGACAGCCUGAGGAGGCCCCGCCGCCCCAGGGGGCCCGGGCGCAGGCCUAUUCCAACCCCGGGUACAGCUCCUUCCCUUCUCCAACAGGCGCAGAACCGAGCUGCAAGGCCUGUGGGGCCCACUUCGCAAACAUGGCCAGGAAGCAGACCUGCCUGGACUGCAAGAAGAACUUCUGCGCCACCUGUUUGAGCCAAGUGGGGAACGGGCCCCGCCUCUGCCUUCUCUGCCAGCGGUUCCAAGCCACGGCCUUCCAGCGGGAGGAGCUCAUGAAGAUGAAGGUGAAGGACCUGAGGGACUACCUCGACCUCCACGACAUCUCCACGGAGACAUGCCGGGAGAAGGAGGAGCUCGUGUUCCUGGUGCUGGGCCAGCAGCCCGCGGCCCCCCAGGAGGGCAGGACUCGCGCCCCUGCCUUCCCCGCCUCGGGCUCCCCCGAGCAGCAGGCCUUCCUGGGCCCGCAGCCCCACUCCAGCGCCGCGCCGCCUACCUCAGCCACCUCGGCCGGCUCCCCUGCUCCGCCCACGCAGGCCGCGUCCGCUCCCGCGGCCCCCGCUCAGGAGAAUCGGCAGGCCAAUGGCCACGCGUCUCAGGACCCAGGAGAGCCCGUCUACCCGGAGAGCGCCGCCGGAGCGCCCGCUGAGGACGAGACCCAGUCCAUGGACUCCGAGGACAGCUCCGUCCCGGGCCGGAGGGCGUCUCUGUCUGACCUGACGGACCUGGAGGACAUCGAGGGCCUGACUGUGCGGCAGCUGAAGGAGAUCCUGGCUCGCAACUUCGUCAACUACAAGGGCUGCUGCGAGAAGUGGGAGCUGAUGGAGAGGGUGACUCGGCUGUACAAGGACCAGCGAGACCUCCAGCACCUGGUGUGCGGGGCCGAAGACCAGAACGGGGGAGCGGCGCCGCCCGGCCUGGAGGAGAACCUGUGCAGGAUCUGCAUGGACUCGCCCAUCGACUGCGUCCUGCUGGAGUGCGGCCACAUGGUCACCUGCACCAAGUGCGGCAAGCGCAUGAACGAGUGCCCCAUCUGCCGGCAGUACGUGGUCCGAGCCGUGCACGUCUUCCGGUCCUGAGGGCUCCGGCCGGCUUCUUCAGUGCCUUACGGGGACACGGCGUGCGGUGUCCGGGCUCAGGGCUGGCCGGCCUGCAGGGGGCAGGCCGGCGGGAGUGUCUGCGGUGUUCCCAAGACCGGGUCGAGCAGAGAUGCUGUGGCACCUCUGGGCACGCCUGCCUUGCCGCGGAGGCGCAGCUCGUGGCUGGCGGGGCCCGAGGCAGGGCGGACUGGCACGGGUCGCUUGGGCAAGUCCCUGCUUCUCUGAUCUUGGGUGACGAUGGUAACCGAUGAAGAGAGAGGACUUUCCAGAACUCGGAUCAUACCUCCCUCCCUCCCUCCCUCCCGUACCCCACCCAGCCCCCCCAGCUGCCCGCCUGUGUUUCACCCAUCAGAAGUCUCGGUACAAAUGGUUCUCUUCCUCCCCAGCUCAUCUGGAUUUAUUUCUGGUUUCAUGGGCUUUCUGUGCUUUAACCGGCCUUCGCUAAAGUUUCUUGCUGCAUCGCCUAAAACCCGUGUGUUUACUCAGACCAAAGAGGUGUUAGCUCGCCAGACCCAGAACGAUCCGUAGGACAGAGUUCGGACCAGCCGAGCUACCUCUGGUGAGGAACGAGACACAGAUGCUGUCCAGAGGCAUUAACAGUUGCUGCCUUGCGCGCUGGGUGAGAAGCUGUCCGUCUUCUGACCCGACCUCGGGAGCCAGCCAAGCCCCCGGCUCCCGACGGCUGGGAAGCCCCGUGUCUGUGUGUGAGAGGCGGUGUGUGGGCCCUGUCUGCAUGUUCUCGGGGGGCCUGCCUUGGAGCCGUCCUCGGUUCCGGUUCCCGGGAAAAGGAGAAGCGCUGGGCGAAAGCGCUGGCUCUUCGCGUCACUUUGACUUCCCCGACAGACGGGAGUUCUCAAACACUUUCCCCUGAGGGUGCAGUCCCUCUCUUUCCCGUGGGGGUUUAGACGUCGUCUCCCUCAGGGCCUAGGAAUUAGGCAAAGAACCCAGCUCUCCUCCAGCCAGACUCCUGGGUUCCCGGAGACCAGACGUGUGAGGGGCGCACCGCACCUAAGACGCGUCAGAAGUGCUGAAUGAGGAGGUGGUCCCAGCCCUUGAGCAGGCGGCUGGAAGUCUCAUCCCCUGGGUUGGCGGGGGCUGCUCUCUCCCGGCCUGCUGAUUUGGGGCUGGGUGAGGAGGGCGCACCCUCCGGGCUCUUCAGGGAGGAUCGGACCGUGAGCAGGGCGUGUUCCGGGGCCCGUUUGGACCUUCGCACCAGCGGGAGAGCGGGGGGCUAGAGGACAGUUUGCUGCGGCACCAGGCACAAGUGUAUGUGCCGUCGGGGAGCCGUGCGCACUGCCGGUACCCGUGGGCGAACUAGGCAGCCCCUACACACCAGGCGGCCUUGGCAGGACCCCGCCCCCACCCCCCACCCGUGCAGCCAAGAGAACCGGUCAUGACUCCGGGAGGCGGUGGGGAAGCCUCCGAGGGGACGUGUGUGCAGACGUGUUCGUGCCUUCCCUCCAGCCUCGGGUCCGGGUCUCCCUUUGGGGGGACCGAGUUCCGUCAGGUAGGUAGUUGUCAGCCCAACACCCGGCCGCUUCCCGCGACACCAUCCAUGCCCAGUCCUGGAGGGUUUGAGUCGUUUGUAGGAACGGGGAGAAUCGCGAUUCCCCGUGAAGACAUUUUCCUGACAGCAGUAAACGCUAUAGUGGACAGGGCCCCCCGGGUUAGCAGGGGUCCAGCUGCCCCACAGGUCCCCCCGGGAAGCAGGCCUGUGCGUGUGCACCUGGGCGAGGUCCAGCCAUAACGUCGGGGCGGAAGCCGGCUCUCUUCCCACUUUAGAUUUGCUUUCUCUGCGGAGGCCUUACCUCCCCCUGCUUCCCCGUUUCCCUCCCAGACCUGAGUCAGAAGUCACACCCUAAUGGCUGGUUAGCAACCUCGGGAGGACUUAGAACCAAUAGCGUUUACUCAUGUUGGAGAAAGAACUUGCCUUUAGGUCCUCCAACCUCUUGGUGAAGGUUUUCAUUUAAGAAAAAAGGUGUCUAGCAACCAUGGUGUGGGUUUUUUUGUUUUGUUUUUUUUGUUUUUUGGUAUCUUCAUUACACCAAAAAAGAAGUCGGAAAUUCCAAGAUCUCAUUUCGGUUACUAUCUGGCCUAGGUAGAAAACUUGAUUUUUAUCCAUGAAUGCUCCUUCCUGCCCCUCAUGGACCCUGCCUUUAUUAUCAUGGAAGCAUCUAAUUCCUCCAAGUAUUCCUUGGCUUUUGCCGUGACUGUUCAGAAACCUCAGCUGAGACCUUUUGUAACAAGGCAUGGAGAGCUGGCUGUUUCACGACGUUGGGAUACGUGGGCCCGAACCAGCGAGAACUAGCUGUACAGGUGUUAGGGCUCCAUCUGUAUUGUACAAAUCCAUUGCAAUUUUUUGGAUGUGAAUGUGUUAACUACAAGUGGCUUAUACUGAUUCUCAGACGUGGGUGUUGAAACAAGCCCAGAUGUGUAUUUUUUUGUCACACAGCCCUGCUUUAUAAUUUUGUAAUAAAGUUUCUGUGCAGACGCCCGUCUGGUGCAGCACAAGGCUGCCGGAGGCCUGACGGUCGAGACCGACAGGAGCCGUCCCGCCGCCUGUUGGCCCCAGGCGUGUGCGCGCACAGCUGUGCUCUGGA